GCAUUUUUUUAGUGUACGGCAGCAGGCAGACUAAACAACACAACAAAUUUUUAUAAUAUAUUUAAAAUAAAUUAAUAAAACUAAAUACAAUACUAUACACACAUCAUUUAUUCUUUGUUUAGUUAACAACUUGCUUAAAACUUUUGGGACAAUUUAAAAAAAAAAACAUAAAAUAAAUUAAUAUUAAAAAAUUCUAAAAUUUAAUAAUAAAAAAAUUUUUUAAAGAACAACAAAUCUCCCGAAAUCUCUUAACUGGACAACAAUUUUACAACGAUUUUUUGGAACUUCAAAAAUAAAACAAACAAAAAUCAUCAUCAUAAUCAUCAUAGUUAUAUCAUUUAAGUUAAAGUUAAGUUUAAGUUUGACCUUGUUUUUUUAUUUUAAUUUAAACUAAAACGUUUAAAGGUCUCUGUGAGAAGAACUCUAAGAAAAAUAUUAAAAAAGUGUUUAUACAAGUAUAUGGACUAGUUUAAAGUUUAGUUAAAAGUGUUUUUAGUUAUUUUAUUGUGUCAUUGAUUCUGUGUGCAAAGUGAACAUUUGAUGUGGCCUUAAACAAAAACAGAACUUUAUUUUCUUUAAAUUUGUUUUAAAACUUACUUUUCUAACAACGCCAUCAACAUGUUUUUCCCCAAGUUAAUGAGUGUGUCUUUCUAUGAUUUUCCUUAUAAUUUUCAAACACCCUAUUUCCUGAGCGCUGCCACACCGUCUUGAGUGAAAUGCUUUAGCAAGUGAAAGGCAUGUGUAAUCUUAAAUAGAAACAAAAACACAAACUAACAAACAAAAAUGUGACUUUUUAAAAUGUGAAAUUCUAAAUUUUUGUUCAAACACAUUAACCGUUGGCCAUCUCUAUUUACAAAAACAAUAGACCUCAAAAUUUAAUACCAGCAACAAGCCAAGCAAUUUAAAUAAAUCUAACAGAACUUCUUAGUUAAACCAAUAUUAAACUGAAAUAAAAUAAACUCCAUCAAAACAAAGAAAAGCAAAAUAAAAUAGUUACGACCGUUACAAAUCCGUUAGCAGCAACAACCAACCAACAAACGCAUUUUCGAUUUAUUUGUCUCUUUCGAUAAAACGCCCCAAAAACGUCUGAAUUUUAGUCAUCAGUUUUUUCCUCCUACUUUCGAUCAACCCCGCUCCGGCCAUUCAUUUUUAAGUUCCUUUUAUAUGCACACACACGCACACACACGCUCGAGAAAACUCCUUUUUCGGACUUUGAAUUUUGGCACUCGUUGACAUCUUUAAGCAAAAUUCAAUAGAAUUCAGACGUUAAAUAAAACAAACAAACCACAACAACAACAACUUUUUAAAUACCUUUUGGCAAUUUAUUACAUUCUUUGUUUAUUCAAAAUUUCCAAAACUAAAAAAUUGAAAAACAAAGUUAUUUCGAUCCUUCAAAAUACUUUAGCAAAAGUAUUCAACAAAAAAAAAAAACACAAAACCAAAAUUCAAUCAAAAUCAAACUACAAAAUUACCUGAAUCAAAAGAAGAAAAACGUAUUUUUGUUAACAAAAUUAUUUAUAUUUAGUAAAAGAACAAAAAAGCAACUAAAUUUUAAAACGCGUAACAAAAGAACUUAGUAACUAAACGAGAGCACAACAAAAAAGAGAUUCCACUCCUACAGAAAUCCAACUUAUUCACUCACUUAACUCUAGAUCAAACGUUCAAUAAAAUAUUUAUCACACUUAUAACGCUAAUCAUAAUGUUUAGAAAUGUUAAGAUUUUACAAACAGAACUGCAACAACUACAGCAACAACAUUAUUGUGAUAGAAACGAUCAACAAAGAAUUUUAUAUGCACUUUUAUUGGAAGGUUACACCAUAUCGAGAAGUUAUCCAAUGAGAAAGCCGCUUAAAUUUUGGAGGAUUAAUGAUGGACGACAGAGAUAAAUAACGCUUUGUUUGUGAGAGACUUUUAAGCGCGUGAAAGGAGAGAGAAAAAAAUUCCUAACCAAAAUUAAAUUUUUUUUAAUUUUAACAAAAAAAAAUUAAUGAACAAAAUUUGAGAAAAAAAUCUUUACUAAAAACUAACAAAAAAAUAAUUAAAAAUUCAAAAAUCUUAAAAAUUAAAUGCUAAAGACAUUCGCAUGUGUGUGGUGGUGGAAAGAAGAUUCAAAACAAAAUUUACAAUUAGAAAACGGAAAAAACGUAAACGUCGCAUUUUGAACCGGAAGGCUAAAAAGGAGAAAAACAAGACACAAGUUGUGAAUCAAAAUUUCUAAGUUUGGCGAAAUUUUUUAACUUUUUUUUUCAAAAAAAAGACUACUAGGAGAAGAGUUGAGCGAACGCUUAAGCUCAAGAAACAGGUAUUUGUUUUAGGCAAAACUAAAUACCUAAAGCAACGCCAAAAAAAGGAAACACGCACACACAGGCAAAACAAAACUUAAGGAUUCUUUAUAUGAAAAAAAAAAUUCUUAAAAAAUAAAACGAAAAAAAUACCAAAAACUAGACUGACAAAACAAAACUCUGCUAUAACUUUUUUUAACUGAAUUAUCAAUGAAAUUAAGGCGAUAAAAGGCUGCUGCUAAGAAAUAUAAAAAAUUAAAUUUUUAUUAACAACAACUUGAAAGGAGAAUUUUACGGCGAAUUAUUUCAUUCAUAAGCAAAACAAAAACAACAAGAAAACAACUUGAACUCAACAACCCAACCCAUUUCAUUUCCGUACUUAGCUAAAACACAAAAAAUAAAAUCAUACAAAAACAACAAAAACAACAACGAGGAGAACUUAGUAAAACAAAAACAACAAGUUUUUAAGAAGAGCAUUUAUAUUUAAAUAAAAUAACAAAAACAACUACACUGGUUAAGAGAUUUAUUUAAAUUAUUACUGUUACUGGUAGUAUCUGUGUGUGUAAAGGUAUUAAGCUUAAAGGUGUAUGUGUUAGAAUACGUAAAACACACACAAACACACUUACUCCGUGUUACUCUUCGAAAAUUAUCUCUCAGCUAAAUUCUAAACGAACCACCAAUAACAUUAGUCUUUUGUCUAACUCACAUACGCACAUAAACACACACACACAUCUUUACUCUAUAUAAAAUUUCUUUAAUAUUUAUUAAGAUUAUGUUCAUGUGUGUGUGUAAUAUAACGGCGAAAUUAUUGUUAUUACUUUUGUUCCAACAAACCAAAUCAAGAAGGAGAACUUAAGGCGAAAUUCCUAUUACUUUGCCUUACAGCAGAGAGCCAGAGAACUAACUGAGAAACUGAGAGUAAGAGUAUAAGAUUUCAACCAAAAAAAAGGGGGAGUUUUGAGAAAAAAAAGGACAAGAGUACCAAAUACAACGUUAUUUCUAUUGCAAAUCAAAGACAACCAACAACAAUAACAAAAAUUUACCUUAAAGGAUUUUUUUGCUGUUUAUUUGUAUUUUCGGAAUUAUAACUAAAUAAUUUUGGUGGCAUCUUAUGAUGUCAUCAGAGGAGGAUAACGAAUGUUUUGGGUUGUUUACUGAUGAUAAGACUUUAUUAAAAACAACAUUGGCCUUAAAUUCCACUAAUAAUACGCCACCUUUGGCUGUCGAUACAACUUCAGCAACAGCAACAAUUUGCCCCGAACUAACGGCGAAAAUCGAAAUACCUUCUACGUCCUCAACUCCCAACUUAUUGCAUUUGGAAGACGAUGAAUUGGGAGAUUUAACAGCAGGACAAUUAAAUACAAAUAAUAUAAACCCACAACCAAACGAAUUAUUAACAAACGGUGGUAACAGCGAUCUUCUGGUAUAUAAAGAAGAAAAAGGCGAAAAACACAACUUACAAGAUACAAAUACUAUAAAAAACCACCACGACGAGAACCAACAAACGGAAGCAAACCAACAGCAACAACAACAGCCAGACGUAUACCUCGACGAAGGGGAGAACGGCGAGGAGAACGGCAACAUUAGCAGUGUUAAUGUUAAUACAAAUAACAAUAAUAAUAAUAACAGUACAAACGACGAAGGAGACGACGAAGUUAUAUUUCUCUUCGGCCAACAGCAACAACAACAUAAUAAUAAUACUCUUAAUACAACUUCCACUACUUGUACGGCGACGACGACUACUAAUACUAACGCAAAUAAUAACAACAAAAACACAGCGUCUGCUUCAAAUUUAACAACGACCCUUACGACUACAACCACCACAACAACAACAGCUCUAACAACUACGACAACAACGACGACUACGACGAAGAAUAAUAAUAAUACGAACUCAUCGUCAUCACCAUCAUCAUCGUCUACAUUCACAAAUACUACACAACAACAAGUCGUAACAGACGUUGAUGAUAACUUAGAAAGUAGUCAUAAAGGUGCCGUCAAUAAGACAACAUCGUCAUUGUCGUCGUGCGGCUUAAAAAAUUUUAGAAAUUCCUUAAAUACGUUACAUUCAAUAAAAAAUUCAAAUAAACUUAAUACGAAUAGUAAUAAUAUAAAUAAUAACUCAACUACUAGUGGAAGUAUAACUAAUAAAAAGGAAACAAAAUUUAAAGUUAAUAACGUGACAAAAUCGUCCUUAAAAAUAAAAUUAUCAAAAUCUCCUUUAAAUACAAAUUCAAAUUUAAACUCGAAUCCCAACACAACAACUGCUAAUAAUAAUACAAAUAAUUUAUUUAGUGAAACCCAUAAACAAGUGAAUGAUUUUUGUACGAAAUUAACAAAUCUCAAUGCAAAUAAUUUAAAUAAUUUGAAUAAUUCAUCUAAUGAUUGUUUGCUAAAUUCUCUAGAGGAAUUACAGCAACAACAGCAAAAAAGUGAUUUAAGUGUUUUUUCCUCAUUGCCAAAUUUUAUAAGUCAUUUGCAAAAUUCUACCAGUCCACAAUUGCUCGGUCAAACGCCUGCCGUAUUAACGCCGUCAACAGCUGCUGCCUUAAUGAGUAGUGCUGCUGCGGCUGCCGCGGGUGCCGCUGGACAAGCUCUAUAUGGGGCCUUAUUAAACUCUUCACAACAACAACAACAGCAACAAUCCUCAACCUCAAGCUCACCUUUAACCAAUAAAACAUUUUCGUGUAAUAAUAACAAUUUAAAUUCGUUAAAUUCGCCCAAUUCGGGUUCGGUAUCCUCGUCGCCCACCUCGUCUCUAUUAACGGGUCAAUUUACAACCGCUUUGGGUAAUUUGUUUGGGGCCAACGGUUUCGGUUCGGCUAAAAUGUUAAACGAACUAUUUGGUCGUCAAAUGAAGCAGGCCCAGGAUGCUACCAGUGGUUUACCCACCUCUUUGGAUAAUGCCAUGCUGGCCGCUGCCAUGGAAUCGGCCACCAAUGCCGAACUCCUCAGUGCCGCCAAUCUGGUUAACAGUUUGGGUCUAAACAACUCGAAUAAAUUGCUCAACAAUAACAACAAUACCAUCAGCAGCAAUAAUAGCAACAAUCAUUCAAAUGAUCAACAAAUCUCGCCUCAAACUCCCACUCCCAAAAAUCGUCGCACUAGUAACUGUAGUGAAAGGUCUUUGGAGGAAAAUGGUUUGGUUACACGUUCUCAGGAUAUGUUAAACUCACCGCCAAGAACACCCUCUGUGGGCAAUACAUCCACCAAUGGUGUGGUGACCACUAGCUCAGGAGCUCCCAAUUCUCCCUCGCUGCAACAGCAACAAAACGAUUUGGCUCAUCAUAUGUUGCGCAAUAUUUUGCAGGGCAAGAAAGAGCUCAUGCAGUUGGAUCAAGAAUUGAGAUCUGUCAUCAGUCAGCAGCAACAAAUGAAGGAGAACCAGGACUCUACGCUAAAGCACAAUAAUAACAAUUCCUCUUUGGCUAAUAACAAUAAUAACAAUAACAACAAUAAUUCCGAAAGCAAAGAAAAUUCUUCGAAUGUUAUUAAUUUGAUAGAAGAUUCUAUGUCGGAAAUAAAAAUUAAAAGUGAGCCUUUGGUGCAGCAAACACCCUUAGAACUUAUGAAUGGUUCAGUGGCUCAAGAAAGACGUAAAUCGUCUGAUUCUGAAGGUUUGCAAUCGCAACAUGAUCUCGAAGAUCAUCAAAGCGAAGCAGAUCAUUUGGAUAAUAAUGAUCAUGAACAAAAUGAUCUAAAUUUGCCUGCUCAAGUUACCAAAAAAGAAGCCGAUGACAUCUUGGAAGAUGUAGAAUUAAUGGGUUUGAAUUCACGCUCCGAUUUGGAGUCUCUGGCUUCACCCAGCCAAUCUGAUAUGAUGUUAUUGGAUAACAGCAAAGAUGAUUUGGAAGAGGAAAUAGAUAAGGAACUUAAUCCUGGUCUAAACAAAAAAUCGGACUUAAAGCGUGCCCGUGUAGAGAAUAUAGUAUCUACCAUGCGUGCCAGUCCUUCAUCGCAGCAACAUUUGCAAGUAAAUGGCUGCAAAAAGCGUAAACUGUACCAGCCUCAGCAACACGCCAUGGAACGUUAUGUGGCCGCUGCUGCUGGUCUUAAUUUUGGUCUCAAUCUACAAAGUAUGAUGCUCACCGAUGAUGGUGAUUCCGAUGAAAACGAAUCACCUCAAUUGCAGCAAAAGCGUAAUGAAAAGAAUGCUCUCAAAUCCCAAUUAAGAUCCAUGCAGGAACAAUUGGCCGAGAUGCAGCAGAAGUAUGUGCAAUUAUGCUCACGCAUGGAACAGGAAUCGGAGUGUCAAGAAAUCGAAGACAACAACAGCGAUAGCAUGGAACAGGAGGAUAACAAUGGUGAUCUAUCACCUUCUCCUUCGCUCAACGAAGUAAAACAGACAGUAGACAAUGAAAGAGCCUCCUCCACCUCGCCUUCAUUGAAUUUGAAAAAUGGUAAGCAUUUGGCCACAUCUAAUUCAUCUUUGAAUUUAGAUUCAAAUCCCAAUAAUGUGUUGUCUCAAAUGAUGAGCAAAAUGAUCACGGGUAAAUUACACAACCCUUUAGUACAGCAUGCUCAUAUGCAGCAAUCGUUCAAUGCUCCACUGCCUUUGUUGCAGCAUAUGCCACAAUUGCAGACGCCUGAAGGGGGUUUACCUCAUCCGGCUAUUAGCAAUGCAGCUGCCAUGUAUUUGGGGCAGCAGUUCUUCUUCGAACAGGAAGCUAGAAUGGCCAAAGAAGCUGCCGAACAACAGCAACAACAGGCCCAACAGCAACAAUUGCAACAACAAGCUCAACAGCAGCAGCAAGAGCAACAAGAACAACAAAGACGCUUUGAGCAGGAGCAACAACAGAGACGCAAAGAAGAACAAGCUCAACAGCAGCAACAACAACAGUUGCAAAGACAACACCAGCUGCAACAAUUGCAGCAGCAACAAGAACAACAAACCAUGCACCAACCUCCCAGACCUCAAAUGCAUCACAACAGACAUCAUGGCCGCCACAAUACCGCCCUGAAGACUGAACUCUCGGAAAAAUUCAAUAUGUUGCGUUCCAGCUCUAAUUCGAUCAUGCGUAUGUCGGGAGCCGACCUCGAAGGUCUAGCCGAUGUCCUUAAAUCCGAAAUAACCACAUCACUCUCAGCUCUCGUAGACACAAUUGUCACGCGAUUUGUUCACCAAAGACGCCUCUUCAGCAAACAAUCCGAUUCAGUGGCCGCUGCUGCCGAGCAACUGAACAAGGAUCUGAUGUUGGCCUCACAAAUCUUGGAUCGCAAGUCGCCACGCACAAAACAGGCCGACAGAUCGAACAACAACAGCACGAACAGUUCACAAUCCGCCCAAUCAACAGCAGGAGUUAAUGCAGGUAAUAAUGGUACUCUACUCCUAGUUAAUAAUAAUAGUAAUAAUAAUACUAAUAGCUCAACGAAUAGUUUAAAUAAUAAUCCAAAUACUAACUCUAAUCCAAAUAUACCACAACAACAAACGCCACAACAACAACAAUUGGGUCACUUGCACAGCAAUGUAAGUAACACAGGCCCACCUCUGCUAACGGCAGGACCGGUUAACAGUGUCAAUGUCAAUGUUAAUGUGCCACCACAGCACAUGAACAAUCCUUGUCAAACACUGGCCCCAACGACCACAAAUCAAGUUGUUACGCCAAAUAUGGCCGCCCAAUUAAAUGCUCAGACUUGUCAAAGUCUUAUAGCUGCACCACGCCUCAACGGCAGUCAACUGUCAUUUCCCUCGCCAGCAGCAGCAGCUGCUGCAGCGAUGGGCUUACAAAUGCAUCAUGCAGCAGCGGCGGCUGCUAUGUCAGCCGCAGCUGCCGCCUCUGGUCAACAACAAAACCUGCAGGUUCUCAAUCAAGCACAUCAUGCUCAAAAUCUCAAUGACAACAAUAGUGUCAAUGUCAAUGUGAACAUGGCCAAUCUGAGUAGUAACAAUAGUAACAAUAACAAUAGUAACAAUCUUAAUAAUCUGAACAAUCUUAACAAUCUGAACAAUAUGAGUACGAACAAUAAUAAUAGUAAUAACAAUAAUAACUGUAACAAUACUAACAACAAUAGUUUAAGUACCAUAAAUAUACCACCACCUCAUAUACGACCUUCGCCCACAGCGGCAGCAAUGUUUCAGGCACCCAAAACACCACAAGGCAUGAAUCCUGUAGCUGCAGCAGCCCUUUAUAAUUCGAUGACCGGAGGCCAAGUAGGACCCAUGCAACCAAAUCCCUUCUGUAUGCCCGAACCUAGAGAUCAGCAACAACAGCAGCAGCAACCACAACAACAGCAGCAACAGCAACAACAGCAGCAGCAACAACAACAGCAGCAGCAACAGUUGUUGGAACAAAACGAAGCCUUGAGUCUGGUAGUGACACCCAAAAAGAAACGUCAUAAGGUCACAGAUACACGCAUAACACCACGUACGGUUAGCAGAAUAUUGGCUCAAGACGGCAUGGUACCGCCUAGCCCACAAAACAAUGGACAACAAUUGCAAUCGAAUCAAAACAAUGGACCCUGCAAUAAUAACAACAACAUGAAUCCCGCCUCGCUGAACAACAAUAAUAACAACACAAAUUGCAAUAACACGUUAAAUGCAAACAAUCUACAGCAGCAGCAACAGCAGCUAAUGAACACUAGCAACAGCAGCAACAAUAGUAAUAACAAUACAACACCCGCCCAAAGUCCUUCUCCUAGAGGUCAAGCGCCCGCUAACUAUCACCCACAAGCGCCGCCACCACCACCACCUCCCAUGAUGCCCGUUUCGUUGCCCACCUCGGUCGCCAUACCAAAUCCUUCGCUGCACGAGUCACAAGUCUUCUCACCGUACAGUCCAUUCUUUAAUCCACAUCCACCGCAUGCACCACCACCGCCACCCCAUGGCCCACACAGUGGUGGUCCCCAUGCCCCGCCCACAGCCGCUCAAAUGCAUCACAUGAAACUCACAGCCUCACCACCCGGCGGUCUCGCCAGUCUAAUGGACUCACGCGAUGGUUCACCACCACUGCCGCCACAUCCAUCCACCAUGCUACAUCCCGCCCUCUUAGCGGCCGCCCAUCACGGUGGCUCACCCGACUACAGUGCACAUUUGCGCGCCGCCAUGGAUGCUCAAGAUCGUAGUUCCGAUUGCAAUUCAGCUGAUAUGCAAUUCGAGGGUAUGCAACCCACCAUCUCAUUUUUGAAACAACAAAUGAUCAAAAAUAGCGAUUCAUUAACCACAUCGCAUUCCUCAACCCUAACGCCGAUGCAUUUGAGAAAGGCGAAAUUGAUGUUCUUCUGGGUGCGUUAUCCCAGCUCAUCGGUAUUGAAAAUGUAUUUUCCCGAUAUUAAAUUCAAUAAAAAUAAUACAGCACAAUUGGUGAAAUGGUUCUCGAAUUUCCGAGAAUUCUACUAUAUACAAAUGGAGAAAUAUGCUCGUCAAGCUGUUACCGAAGGUGUUAAAUGUGCCGAAGAUUUGCACAUUAGCGGCGAUAGUGAACUCUAUAGAGUAUUGAAUUUACACUAUAAUCGCAACAAUCAUAUCGAGGUUCCCCAAAAUUUCCGUUUUGUAGUGGAGCAAACAUUACGUGAAUUUUUCCGCGCUAUACAAGGUGGCAAAGAUACAGAACAAUCGUGGAAGAAAUCAAUUUACAAAAUUAUAUCGCGUCUCGAUGAUCCAGUACCAGAAUAUUUUAAAUCUCCAAAUUUUUUGGAACAAUUGGAGUAGAACAAAGCAAAAAACUAACUAAAACAAAACAACAUUUUAUUAUCAUACAACACAAAUAACAACAACAACUAAUCCUUUUGAAAUAAAACCUUUUAAAAGGAUUUAGUUAUUUUGAAAAACAAAAAUGAACGAAAAAAUAUUAUGGUUCGUAAAACUUAGUUUAUUUUUUUCUAUAUAAACAAGCGCAUUAAUUUGUUUAUAAAUUAUGUUUAAUUUUUUGGUUUAUAUAAUUUAUUUAAAAAAAUGCCAAACAGAUGGAAAUGUAUAAUAACCUAUUUUUGAAACACACUUAACUUAAAUGUUAAAGGCAGAAAAAAAUUUUUUGAAAAUAAUUUUUAAAAAUUCUUUUUAUAUAAUUUUAACUUAAAGAAAACAAAAUUUUCUUUGACAUUUAAAAUCGAACAACCAAUACACGAACCAACAAACGCUAGCUAAGACCACAACCAUUUUUUUUAAAGAAAAGUUCUUAUAUACAUUAAGAAAGUAAAUUUUUUAACCUCAAACCAUAGUGUAAACUGUAAAACCUGACUAAAUAGUUAAAAUUUUAACAAAAAGAAAACUAUUAAAAAUAUAUAUUUAUUAAUUAUAUAUAAAUGUUUUUUUUUAAAGAAAAUUUUAUAUAUAAACUACAAACGUUAAAGUUAAAGUAAUAAAACUCUUAUACAAACCAUAAUACUUGAGCCCUUUUUUGAACUUCGUUUUAGCUUAAGAAUACCAAGUUUUCAAAGCUAAAACAAAACACAUUUCAAACGCUUCGGUCUGGUCCCUUAAAAAUAUUAAACAAAACUUUCAAAUUUUUUACAUAAACUAACAAUUUUCCACCACCCCCCGCCCUCAUUUCCCACAAAACAAAACCUUAGGUUGCAAAGUAAAUUUUGUUUAAAAUUAAUAAAAAUAUAAUAAAAAAAAAGAAAAAUUAUUAAAAAAUUCUUAAAAAAAAUUAAAUCUUAAUAUAUAUUAAAAAUUUGUG